AUGGACAAGACUGCCAUAGACUGGAGCAGGCUAGACAAAACAAAGUUCUUCGUUGUCGGCACUGGCCUCUUCACGGUGAUCGGGCUGACGACAUGCCUGUACCCGCUGUCGGUCAUCAAGACGCGGCAGAUGGCCCUGGCGGGGUCGCAGCCGGGGCUCAAGGGCGCAUACCUCACCGCCCGCACCGUGGUGGCGCACGACGGCAUCCGCGGCCUGUACAAGGGCUUUGGCACGGUGAUCUACCUGAGCACUCUGGAAGUCUCCAAGUCCUUCAGCGGCAGCCUCCUGGCCCGUUUUGACCUGCCUGACACCGCGGCUCUGGGCGCCGCCAGCUUUGUGGGCGGCGCCAUGGCCUCGCUGUCCUCCCAGCUGAUUGUGGUGCCGAUCGACGUGGUGGCGCAGCGGCUGAUGCUGCUGGGAGGCGGCGCGAGCGGCGGCGGCGCCAGCGGCGCCAGCGGCGGGCCCGCGGGCCGCGCGGCGGCGGCGACCGAGGCGGCAGCGCGGCGGCGCACCACGGGGCUGCACCUGGCGAGGCAGAUUGUGCGGCAGGAGGGGUUGCGGGGGCUGUACCGCGGCUUUGGCGCCUCGCUGGCGAUGUUUGUCCCCAACAGCGCCAUCUGGUGGGGCAGCUACGGUGUGUGGCAGCAGGUGCUGUGGCACCAGGUGGAUGCGGCGCGGGGCCACCACUGGCACAGCGAGGGCGAGAUCCUAGGCGUGCAGACGGCGGCGGGCAUCCUCACGGGCUGCACCAGCGCCGCCCUCACCAACCCGCUCGACGUCGUGAAGACUCGGCUGCAGACGGCCGGCGCCACGGGCGCGGCGGCCAGCCUACCCGCCGCGGCGGGCGCGCCGGCAGCAGCGGCAGGAGCAGCAGCAGCGACAGGAGCGGGAGGAGGGGCAGCGGCAGGAGCGGGAGCGGCGGCGGCGGCGGCGGGGGCGUCGUUGCGGCGGCCCACGUGGCGCCAGGUGGCGGCGCAGCUGGCGCGGCAGGAGGGUGUGGGCGGCUUCUUUCGGGGCGUGGCCCCCAGGAUGGCCAGCAGCUCCAUCUGGGGCACCGCUAUGGUGACCAGCUAUGAGUGGCUCAAGCGGCUGUGUGCGCGGCCCCCGGAGCAUGCAGGCGCGCCGGUCUGA